AUGGCGCACGAAUUGUUGUUCAUUCGAAUACUUCUGGUUGUCGGGAGUAUUCUGGUUCCCCUUGCAGUGGUACGUUUCCGUAAGGGUCUACGCAAUUUACCGGGACCGUUCUGGGCGAGCAUUCUCCCAAUAUAUCGUCUCAACAAGCAAUGGAAAAGACAAGCUCACCAAGAAGACAUUGAUCAGCACCGAAGAUAUGGAGAGAUCGUGCGAGUUGGACCGAAGCAUGUCUCCAUUUCUAGCCCUGAGGAUGUCGCAACUGUGUACAGCAUCAAUGGCAAGUUUCAAAAGAGCGACUACUAUAUCACGAUGGACGUCAAGACGCCUUCAGGAUUACGACAAACCAUGGUGUCCUCUCGAGACGACGUUCAUCACCGUACAUUGAAACGACCCAUUGCCAACGCAUUCAGCAUGACCACAAUGGUUGAGCUCGAGCCGCAGGUCGACAAAUGUAUCAGAAUUCUGGAAGACAAGUUUGACGCAAGACUUGAUCAAGAUAUCGAUUUGGGUGAUUGGAUGCAAUUCUUCGCCUUCGAUGUCAUAACAACUAUCACCUUCUCAGACCGAAUGGGCUUCCUCGAUGAAGGUCGUGAUGUCAAUGGUGUUCUGGAUGCCUUAGAGACACGUUUCAGGUAUGGUUCCUUCGUCGGUCAGUAUCCUCCUCUUCAUUCGCUUCUGCUCGGCAACCGCAUUGGAAGCUAUUUGGUCAGCUUUUUGCCCUCCAUCGCCAACGCUGCCAACAAUCAAUCCAUGGUCGCCUUUGCUGGAAGACAGCUAGAACGGUACAAGAGCCAAGACACCGUUCACAAGGAAUACAAAGAUCUGCUUGAUCGCUUCAAGAAAAGCAAGGAUGGCGUUCAAGUCAUGACCGACACUGAUCUACUCAUACAUGCAACCACCAACAUCAGCGCAGGCGCAGACACGACAGGAUCUGCGCUCAAGGCUGCGUUCUGGUAUCUGUAUCAAAAUCCCGCUGCGCGGAAGCGACUCGUCGCCGAAAUCGACGCAUACUAUGCAAAGGGCGCCAUGUCCGACCCAAUCACAUACGCCGAGAGUUUGGAAAUGCCCUACUGGCAAGCCUGCCUCAAGGAAACCCUCCGCAUGCAUCCCGCAGGUGGCAUCAUGCUCGAACGCGUCGUCCCUGAAGGGGGAGUGACGUUGUCCGGAACCUUCCUGCCCGCUGGCACCAUCGUUGGCGCCAACCCAUGGACGCUGGCUCGAGAAAUGUCAGUCUUUGGUGAGGAUGCGGAUGCAUUUCGCCCAGAGAGGUGGUUGGACAGCGGCCCGGAACAAUUGCGGCGGAUGGAGCGGCAUUCAUUGAUAUGGGGAGGCGGAUCAAGGACUUGUAUUGGCAAGAAUAUUGCUUUGUUGGAGGUCAACAAGCUGGUUCCACAGCUUCUGCGGAGGUAUGAAGUCAACAUUGUUCAUCCGGAGCGGUAUCGGGUUGAGUCCAUGCUGGUUGCAAAGCAGUUUGGACUGUUCUGUCAAUUGAGCAGGAGAAAGACUGGUGUGGUGGAGGCGUGA